UUCCUCGACUUUUCUCUCACCGAUUCCCGGAAAUCUAGCUAGCUCGCAAUAAAUUCGAAGAAACACCAGCAAUCUAUUCGAAUAAUGGAUCCCAUUUCGACCCCACCUUCGAACGCUCAGUCCAAAUCAGUUUCUCGUCUAGCAAGAAUCGGCUACUCCUCCGUUGCUGGAUCCGGAGAACGAGAAAGACCCAAUCUCCCACUUCUCUCUUUGGACCACAUUUCGCCUUCCCCCAAGAAAGUGACUACUCCAGCUUCACCGUCCCCCCUUUCUCUUAGAUCGUCUACCAGCUCUUUGCCUCUCCACGAACUUCUGCUUCUCUCCCCUGGUUCUCCUCUGCGAAAAUCAACAACCCGACUCACCGAUAGGAUCGAAAUGGCGGAGGAAGUUUCCGCGGCCGAGCAAGGUGGUGGUUAUCGUAGGAAUCGCAAAACCAGGGCUGCUCAGACGGGUGUUUUGGGAUGUGGGACCCCUAGGAAUAGUAGAAGGUCGAGGAGGAGGAUGGAGAUGGAGUUGAGAGAUGAGAGGGAUUUGAUUUUGGGGGAGGAGAUGGUGAAACAAAGGAAAAGAAGGCAUAGCGGGAAACCGAAGAAGGAGAAACCCAGUUUGGUCCCUUCUCUUCCUUCUUCCAGUUUGUCCCCUAAAGCUGAUGAUUGCGAAAAGAGUAAUCUUGAUCGGAUCGGGGAGAUGAUUACUGAUAUGGUCAUGUGGACGGAUGUUGCAAAAUCAAGCCUCUGGUUUGGAUUCGGAUGUCUUUGUUUCCUAUCUUCUUUCUUUACCAAAGGUGUUACUUUUAGCAUUUUCUCUGUGCUAUCGCACAUUGGUCUUCUAUUUUUAGGCGUUUCCUUCUUCUCCAACUCAGUGUGUCAUAAUGUUGAGAAGAAGAAUGAAUUCAAUCUGAGGGAAGAAGAUUUUCUGACACUAGCUAAACUGGUACUUCCAGCAACAAAUCUUGCAAUUUCAGUGAUUAGAAAACUCUUCUCCGGGGAACCAUCCAUGACCCUCAAGGUUGCUCCAUUGCUGUUCCUCGGAGCCGAGUAUGGCCACAUUAUAACCCUGUGGAGACUUUGUGCAUUUGGAUUUUUCAUCAGCUUCACCAUGCCAAAACUGUACUCUUGUUACUAUAGUCUAAUAAACCAGAAGGCUGAGUACAUGAAACAAUUAGCCAUUGAAGCAUGGGGAGCUUGCUCUCGUAAAAAGCUUGUGGCAGCUUCAGCGGCAACUGUCUUUUGGAAUCUCUCUAGUGUAAAAACCCGUGUUUUCAUCGCAUUCAUAGCACUGGCAAUAAUCCGGUAUUGUCGGCAACAUCUACGGCAGGACUCGGUUGAAGGGGAGACUGAAGAAGUGGAACGAGACCAGUCACAGAAGGCCUUGGUGGUUGCAGGAGAGUAAUCAAAGAAAAACUAAUUUGGUUCUCUAAUCAUUCCAACACAAAUGAACUGCUGUAAUGAAGCUGGAUUUUUGCCAGUAGGCUGAUCUGAUUACUAGAAAACAGAACCACUAACAUGAUGCAUUCUUGUUUUGACAUGUGUAAGACAUUUGUUUCUUUAGUUUUUUUUUCAUUAAAUCAAACUGAGCUGGAGAGU